AUGAGCGAGCCGUCGACGUCGAAGAAGUCCAAGAAGGACAAGAGGCCAGCCGAGGCCGUCGAGGACCCCGAGGAGGUCCCCGUCAACAAGAACAAGCGCCACAGGAAGGAGAAGCCAUGGGACACCGACGACAUUGACCACUGGAAGAUUGACGCCAUGCCCGCCCCGGACGCUGGCGCGCACACGCCCUUCCUCGAGGAGUCGUCGUUUGCCCUCCUGUUCCCCAAGUACCGCGAGCCGUACCUCCGCAGCGAGUGGGGGUCGAUCACCAAGGCGCUCGACAAUGUCGGUCUGGCGUGCGAGCUCGACCUGGUGCAGGGCCGCAUGACUGUGCGAACAACCCGCAAGACCUGGGACCCGUAUGUGGUGCUCAAGGGCCGUGACCUGCUCAAGCUCCUUGCCCGUGGUGUGCAGGCCCCACAGGCGCUCAAGAUUCUCCAGGACGGCAUCGCGUGCGAUGUCAUCAAGAUUGGCGGCCUUGUGCGCAACAAGGAGCGUUUUGUCAAGCGUCGCCAGCGUAUUGUGGGCCCCAACGGAUCCACCCUCAAGGCCAUCGAGCUCCUCACCGACUGCUACGUCCUUGUCCAGGGUAACACCGUCUCGGCCAUGGGCUCGUACAAGGGCCUCAAGGAGGUGCGCCGUAUCAUCAUCGACUGCAUGAACAACAUCCACCCCAUCUACCGCAUCAAGGAGCUCAUGCUCCGUCGCGAGCUGGCAAAGGACCCCAAGCUCGCCAACGAGUCGUGGGACCGCUUCCUCCCUUCGUUCCAGAAGAAGCACCUCAAGACGUCCGAGAAGACGGCGCGCAAGAACGCCGCUCUGGCGUCCAAGGGUUCCAACGCCAACGACACUCCUCUCGGCGCUCCCGUUGCCGAGGCUGCUCCUGCCGCUCCCGCUGCUGCUGCCGCGUCGUCGGCCCAGCCCGAGGCCAAGAAGAAGAAGGUCUACACCCCCUUCCCUCCCGCCCCCCAGCCGUCCAAGCUCGACCUCCAGCUCCAGUCCGGAGAGUACUUCCUCAGGACAAGCCAGAAGGAGGCUGCCGUCAAGCACGAGCGCGAGGAGCGCCACGCCCAGGCCGCCGAGACGCGUCGUGCCAAGCGCGAGGAGAUGUUCAUCGCUCCCACCGAGACUGCCGCCCCGACCGUCGAGGAGCGCAGGAAGAGGCGCAAGGACGCCGACGCCUAG